AUGAUACUCACGCCUUCGAUCUCCUCGGCCGCCAAGUUGAUUACCCUCUCGAUGGCACUCCUGGCAGUACUCUCCGUCAUCAACACACCCGCCGUCCACGCAGCUCCCAUCUCCAACCCCGGCGCCCCCUUAGUGAACGGUGUCAAGCAGGCCGACCCAGAAGCCUUCAGAGUCCCGGUCGGUCCUCGUGGACCUCUCCUCAACCGUCGCGGCAGCGGCAUUGCUGUCAGUGGCGUGAAAGAAACGUCCGGUCUGGGCAAGACCCACCCUUCAGCUGUCGAAAAACCCGAUCCAUCUAGUAGUGAACUGUCGAUGCACCCUGGACAUGCUACAAAGCGAGAUGACGAUGAGGAGAUGUUGGAGCUGCUCGGGAAGGCACGGUGGAUGGAGAAGCGUGACGAGACAACCUCCCCAGCAGGAGGCGAAUGGAAGGAUGUUGUUGGGGUGACCAUGCGGUCCGAUCCUGCAUUGGAUGAAAAGAGGAAGGACGACUCGCGGUGGAGCCUCAUAAGCAGGCCUAAUAUCUUUCCUGUUGUUGCUGUGACCAAGCGCGGUGAUGGAAAAGAUGAGGCGCCCGAGUCGAUAUGGCGGGAGUGGAAUGGGAAGGGCGGAGCUGCUGGAAGAUUCGAAGUCAGGGUGGUGAUGACGUCUCACAUCGAGGGCAAGGGCAAAGGCAACGGCGCGGCCAAGAAGAGACAACUCAAGACCGAGCAGAAGAAGCGCAAUGUUGACGACAGGUUUGAUGCUGCUGGAGCUGCUGCCGGAUCUCAGAAGGAUAUUGGCGAGUUGGAGACCUUGGAGAAAAAGAAGUUCCGAACGUGGCAUUUCAAGCGUGAGGAAUAG